UCCUCUUUUUUUAUAACCAACAAAAAGCUUCUCCAUUUCUCUCUCUCGUUCUCUCUCUUCUCGUUCUCUCUCUCUCUACAAUGGCUUUCCCCACCCUCCUCACCUUCCUCCUCCCUCUCCUCCUCUCCCUCUCCCCCUCCCUGUCCACCAACUCUGAAGGAAAUGCUUUGCACGCUUUGAGAAGCAGACUCUCCGACCCCACCCAUGUCUUGCAGAGCUGGGACCCCACUCUUGUCAAUCCCUGCACUUGGUUCCAUGUUACCUGCGAUGCCAACAAUCAUGUCAUCCGUCUGGAUUUGGGCAAUUCUAACAUUUCUGGGUCUUUGGGUCCGGAGCUUGGUGAACUGAAGCACCUCCAAUACUUGGAGCUUUACAAGAAUAACAUAGGAGGGAAGAUCCCGAAGGAAUUGGGUAAUCUGAAAAGCCUAAUUAGCAUGGAUAUGUAUGGAAACAGAUUUGAAGGAGAAAUCCCCAAGUCUUUUGCUAAUUUGAACUCUAUUAGAUUCCUACGGCUAAACAACAACAAACUAUCAGGGGCAAUUCCCAGGGAGCUCACAAAACUCUCUAACCUUAAAAUUUUCGAUGUUUCUAACAACGAACUCUGUGGAACGAUCCCAGUUGACGGUACUUUUGGAAGUUUUCCAAUGGAAAGUUUCGAAAACAAUCGACUCAAUGGACCCGAGCUAAAAGGACUGGUGUCAUAUGACUUCGGAUGCUGAACGAGACUAUGAAGGCUGGAUCCUGUCCCCCAUGUCCGCUUACGCCUAGAAUUAUUUACGACAGUUUUAUUGUGUCUUCAAACAAUGGGAAAACCAUAUAGCAUGUUAAGUUAGCAGAAGCAAUCUUAUUUAUGCGAGAAUAAUUAGCUUAAAAACCUGAACUUUUCAAAUAUUUGUGCAAUGUUCCUAGCACAAUAUUUGGAUUAAGUUACAAACUUACAAGCAUCAAGUUGCAGAUUGAGGUAUUCAAUAGUGUGAACAGGGCUGGCUGGCAAUAUUCGAUAGGAGUCGUCUUUGAAA